AUGAAAUUUUAUUUUACGUUAUAUAUAGUUUUCUUAUGUGUUAUUUCACACUAUGUAAACGCGUUAAAUAUUCUGGGCAUAUUCCCAUAUCACGGCAAAAGUCAUUUCUUUGUGUUUAAUGUUUAUUUAAAAGAACUAGCGAAGCGAGGUCAUAAUGUAACAGUGAUUUCUCAUUUUCCUCAAACUAAUUCGUCACACAACUAUCAUGAUAUAAGUUUAGCUGGAAGUAUUAAAAUUGUGGAAGACGAUUUAGCAUUUCAUAGAUCAUAUCUAUCCAUAUUUGAAGUGGGUUUAUUUUUAACAAAUACUGGAAAAGAGAACUGUGAAGUAUUAGUAGCUAAUCAAAAUGUUCGAGGUCUAAUUGAAAAUAAACGAAAAUUCGAUGUCGUAGUGGUGGAACAAUUUAACAGUGAUUGUGCUUUAGGCAUAGCAUAUAAGCUAAAAGCGCCUGUUGUAGGUAUCAUGUCCCAUAUUUUAAUGCCAUGGCAUUAUAAGAGAUUUGGCAUCCCUAAUAACCCAUCGUUUGUCCCAUUCCACUUUUUGGAAGGCGGAACAAAACCUUCACUAUUACAAAGAGUUGAACGAACAAUAUUCGACGUUUACUUCAAUUUACUUUAUCGCUUUAAAAGCCAAAGAAAUAAUCAACAAACGCUAGCAACAUAUUACGAUGAUAUACCUCCGCUAGAAGAAUUAGCUAGAGAGAUAAAAUUUCUACUACUGUAUCAUAAUUUCAUCCUUACUGGAUCUCGGCUGUUUCCCAGCAACGUAAUUGAAGUAGGAGGCUUUCAUAUAAAUCAAAGCAAACCAUUAACUGGCCACUUGCAAAAAUUUGUAGAAGAAUCAGAACAAGGCAUUAUAUACAUCAGUUUCGGCUCUGUCGUCAAAAGUUCUACAAUGCCAGAAGAGAAAAUAAAGGCGGUUUUAGGAGCCAUUGCAGAACUUCCAUAUAGGUUCAUUUGGAAAUGGGAAAGCAAUGUUAUGCUUAUGGACAAAAAUAAACUCUACCUUUCGAGCUGGUUGCCACAAGUGGAUAUUUUAGGUCAUCCUAAGACACUUGCAUUCUUAUCUCAUGCUGGUAUGGGAGGAACUACAGAAGCUAUACAUUUUGGCGUGCCAAUGGUAGCUAUGCCGGUAAUUGGUGACCAGCCUGCCAAUGCGGCAGCGAUAGAAGAAAGUGGUCUCGGAGUCCAGCUACAGAUCAGAGAUUUAACAAAAGAGAACUUGGUAGCAGCUUUUAAAAAAAUAUUAGAUCCAAAGUUCCGAGAAAACGUAAAACUCUUGUCAAAGGCCUGGAAAGAUCGUCCGAUGUCACCUUUGGAUACCGCAAUAUAUUGGACAGAAUAUGCCGCGCGAUAUUCAAAUUACACGUUUAGAAGCGCAGCCGCAGAUGUUCCUUUGUACCAAUAUUACAAUCUUGACAUUUUGAGUAUUCUAACAAUCACAUUACUAUCUGUAGCGUACGCAAUUAAAUCUUUGCUUAUGCUAGCGUGUAAGAGAAAUAAAAAAGUUGAUUAUCAACAUAGCAAAAACAAAAGUAAGAAAAAGAAAAAAGGUGAA